AAUUAACUGUUUCUUGUUGCAUGUAGUUUCUUGUGCUUUAUAAGAUCAUGAUUUGGUGUGUAUUGGGCAUAUUACAGAUAUUUUCCAUUUGAGAAAUUCUGAAGAUCAUUCGGUAUUAUUCUUAAAUGUCAUGUUUUUGGUGUUCAGUUUGAGACCUUUUAUCCUCAUGUACUGUUUCUGCUUAACUAUACCAUGAAUUUCUUGAGGCAGUAUUUCCAUAAGCAGCAUUUCAGAAUAAAUAGAAGCUGCAGUGAAUUGUAAUCUCUAGAGCAUUGAUGUAUUCAGAAUUUCCAAUGUAAUCUUUUUCCACUUUCUUUGGUAAGCCACACUUUCAUAUAUGUUUGUGUGUAUUAUGAAAAAAAGGCAAUAUUUAUAUAAAUAUUCAUUUUUGCAGUGUAGUAGCUGAAUCAUAUAAUAGAUCACAAUGCAGUCUAGAAAAAUACGGAGCUGAAAGAUACUAUCUCUUUUGGACAAUGGUAUUGCUUGUUUAGAAUGUUGUGUUUGUUUAUAUAUUCUGCAUGCUAGGAUUUGGAUUGCAGGAAGUGAUGGACAGCAUCAUUAGUCAACUGGUUUUGCUCACAAAAAUCAUGGCGUGAAGGUAUGGCCCAUUACAAUGACUACAUUCCACUUCUGGGAGCAAUACUAUUCUGGCUUUUUUUAUAAACAGGUUAUUAAGAACAACCUGAAUCCAGUUUGGAGACCCUUUAAAAUCUCUCUCAAUUCUCUGUGUUACAGUGACAUGGAUAAGUUGAUCAAGUUGCAUACGUAAUGGGCCAUUUGUCAUAGUAGAGUGCUAUGACUAUGAUAGUGAUGGGUCUCAUGAUCUCAUAGGAAGCUUUCAAACUACGAUGUCAAAACUGAAAGAAGCAUCCCGGUCCUCACCUGUUGAAUUUGAGUGCAUCAAUGAAAAGAAACGACAGAAGAAAAAAAGCUAUAAAAACUCUGGUAUUGUGAGCGUUAAGCACUGUGAGAUCAUAGUAGAGUGCACAUUCCUCGAUUACAUCAUGGGUGGGUGUCAACUGAAUUUCACAGUAGGGAUAGAUUUUACAGGCUCCAAUGGAGACCCUCGCUCUCCAGACUCUCUGCAUUACCUCAGCCCUAAUGGAGUUAAUGAAUACCUAACAGCCAUCUGGUCUGUAGGACUGGUCAUUCAGGAUUAUGAUACAGAUAAGAUGUUUCCAGCCUUUGGAUUUGGUGCACAAAUUCCUCCUUCGUUUCAGGUGUCACAUGAGUUCCCAUUAAAUUUUAACCCAUCAAACCCAUUCUGUAAUGGAGUCCAAGGCAUCGUUGAUGCGUAUCGGGCUUGUCUUCCUCAAGUGAGGUUAUAUGGACCAACAAAUUUUUCUCCAAUUAUAAAUCAUGUGGCAAGAUUUGCUGCUGCAGCUACACAACAGCAAACAGCAUCUCAAUACUUUAUACUCCUGAUCAUAACGGAUGGUGUGAUAACAGACCUUGAUCAGACUCGAACUGCCAUAGUUAAUGCUUCAAAAUUGCCCAUGUCCAUUAUCAUUGUUGGUGUUGGAGGAGCAGAUUUUGAUGCUAUGGAAUUUCUUGAUGGUGACGAUGGAGUUCUUAGGUUGUCAUCUGGAGAACCAGCUGUCAGAGACAUUGUCCAGUUUGUGCCAUUCAGGAAAUUCCAAAAUUCUCCAAAAGAAGCGCUGGCGCAGUGUGUCCUGGCAGAAGUCCCUCAGCAGGUGGUGAGCUACUUCAGCACCUACAAAUUGCAACCUCCCAAGAAUCCUGCUGCAAAAUAAAUGGGCUGACCAGG